GCGCUAUUCACAAAUUGUGUUUGAGUGAAAAGUAUGCACGUGGUGACUUUUUUGACAGCACUGUGCAUGGAAUUGAAGCUUUGUUUUGGGAACAUUUUGACUUUGGUGUUCAUAUUAUAAAAUUGUUUAAUUGUCAGAAACUGAUAACUUCGAGAAAAUAACAAUCCACUUCUGUCCAGAAUUAUGUAAUUUGUAUGCAUGCCACAACCUGUUUGCAAGCACGGAGGAAAACCCUCCCAUGUUUCAUUCAAGCAAGAAGGGUUUGUCUUGAACGCGCAAGAUGAGUUUCCUGUUGCCGAAGCUGACCAGCAAGAAGGAAGUGGACCAAGUGAUCAAGACAACAGAGGACCUGGUUCUCGUCCUUCGGUUUGGCCGAGACACUGACCUAGUGUGCAUGCAGCUUGAUGAAAUACUUUCUAAAACUGCUCAUGAUGUUUCGAAGAUGGCCACCGUUUACUGUGUGGACUCGGACAGUGUCCCAGUCUAUACGCAGUAUUUUGACAUCGCCCUUAUUCCAGCUACCAUAUUCUUCUUCAACGGACAGCACAUGAAGGUGGAUUAUGGAACUCCUGACCACACAAAAUUCAUUGGAAGCUUCAAGACGAAGCAGGAUUUCAUUGAUCUGGUCGAGGUGAUCUACCGCGGUGCUAUGAAGGGCAAGCUGAUGGUCAGGUCUCCCAUCGAUCCCCAGAAUAUCACACAGUAUGAGCUGCUCUAUCAGGAUAUCUGAGAAAUAUCAUCAUAUUGAUUCCCAGAUUAUAGUACGAGGUGCAGGAUAUCUGAGGAAUACCACAGGAAUAUCAGCUGUCAUGAGGGCAAAAUAUCACAGAGUGGGAGGUGCUCUAUCACGAUAUCCAAGGCAUAUCAUGCUAAUAUCAGCUACCAUAAAUGUCCAAAAUAACAAAAAGUACAUGUAUGAGCUGCUCUAUCAGGAUAGCUGAGGUAUUCUUGGGAAUACCAGUUAUCAUAAUGCCCAAAAUACCAAAAAGUUGCUCUAUUAGGGUAUCUGAGGCAUAUUGUGGGAAUAUCAGCUAUCGCGAAGGGCAAGCUGAUGGCCAAGUCUCCCAUCGAUCCCCAGAAUGUCGCAUAGUAUGAGAAGACCUGCCAGAACAUCCCAGGAAUAUCAUGGGAAUAUCUACUAUCUUAAAGGGAUAGUUAGCUGAUUGAUGCCAAUAUCGCACAGUAUGAGUUGCUCUACCAGUACAUCUGAGAAAUAUCAUGGGAAUAUCAGCUAUCGUGAAAGGCAACCUGAUGGUCAGGUCUCCCAUUGAUCCCUGGAAUAUCACACGGUAUGAGCUGCUCUACCAGUAUAUCUGAGAAGUGUCAUGGGAAUAUCAGCUAUCGUGAAAGGCAACCUGAUGGUCAGGUCUUCCAUUGA